ACAAAUGCAUAGAGUUAAAAACGUGCAGCCACAAAAAGCGAGCGAAUAAUUAAAUUUGCAUUAACAACAAACCGAACAACAACAACAGUUGUAAAAGCAAAUAGAACCAACUUGCAGCGCAAAAGGGGCAAAUAACACGCAAAGGAUCAAUAAGCAACCAGAGCAGCAACAGUGGCUGUAGCAGCAAUAACAACAACAACAACAAGCAACACGAUCAUUAUAAUUAAAUUAUCACGACGCGACAGUGUUUGACAGCAACGGCAGCAGCAACAACAAAAACAGCAAAUCAAAAUAUCAACGUCCUUAUAAUCACGGUAAUAACAGCAACAAUAACAAGCAGCGUAAAUUUAAAACGGUGACAACGGCACAUAAAUAUACAUACAUACAUACAAACAUAGUACAUAAAAGCGUCUGCAGCAACAGUCAUUACAAAUAAAUUUACAAUACUUACCUGCAAAAACCAAAAAAAAAAACAACUACAUACCAAAAAUCAGCAGCAACAAAACAAUAACAACAACAACAAACAGCAACAAAAUGCAUAUAGAAAUUCAGGUGGCAUUAAAUUUCGUGAUUUCGUAUCUGUACAAUAAACUGCCAAGGCGACGAGUAAAUAUUUUUGGAGAGGAGCUCGAAAAGGCAUUGAAGGAUAAGUUCCAAGGUCACUGGUAUCCGGAGAAGCCAUUCAAGGGCUCGGCAUUCCGUUGCUUGAAAACUGGUGACCCCAUUGACUCGGUAUUGGAACGUGCGGCACGCGAGAGUAGUGUACCUAUUGCUGAUAUUCUAGAAAAUUUACCUGCUGAGCUCUCCGUUUGGGUGGAUCCCGGCGAGGUGUCGUAUCGCAUAGGCGAGAAGGGUGCGGUGAAGAUUCUGUACUCGGAAAAUAGCGACAAUCAUGAAGACAACACAUCGGCCGACCGUGAGGUCAACAAGACCUUCAAUCCGGAAGCGCAAAGCUUCCGACCUAUCGAUGCGGUUAACACGAGCAUGAAUAGCUUAAAUCUGAGUCCGAAAACUUCACCGCAUGCAGGCUCCUCACCGCAUUCAGCUUCCUCCAAUUCGCCCACCUACAAGGGCAGUCCCAAUCCCGCUGCAUCGGCCAAUGGCUCAUUUAUGCAGCGCACACAGGCACCUCUAACAUUCACAACAGCCACCUUUGCUCAGACGAAAUUCGGCAGCACCAAAUUGAAAACCAGUUCCAAACGUACCAACAGCAGCAGUUCGUAUCGUAUGUCGCCCACAGAGUUCUCUAACUAUAUUAAACAACGUGCCAUGCAACAACAACAACAACUUCAUCACGGCGCUCAUGGUGCACCGAAUGUAGGACAGCCGCCAAAUCAUUUCGGUCCCAUAGGACCCGUCUCCCCAGCACGCUCACUCUCACCGAAUCCACUGUCACUCGGCCUUGGACAGAAUGGCGCCACAGCGGAUCCCUUUUACUUCCCCAACAUGGCCUCAAUGGGUAUGUAUCCUCAAUUCAAUGGACAUCGAAAUGUAUUCGACGCGCAAUUCUACGCUGCCGAAAAUAACGGAAUGUAUGGCGGUGGCGCACCAAACAAUCCGGCCAACGGCAGUCAUGGCAAAUUCAACAACUACUUAGAUCCACAUGGCUUCUAUGGACUGGGCGGCAAUCAACAUUUACAACAAUCUGCGGCUGCCGCCGCUGCUGCUGCUGCUGCUGCAGCUGCCGCCCAUCAACAACAACAUCAGCAACAAUCGCAAAUGGCACCACCACCACCACCAGGCGUCGUUGGCUCACCAAUGCCAACGCAACAGCAACAGCAACAACAAGCAAAUGGUAGUGGCAAAAAUGCCAUUGAUAAGAGUGCAGUUGAUAACAAUACCACUGGCAACAACAACACGAAUAACGGUAUUACAUUAACUGUUUCGAAAGGCAGCAAUGUCACAGAAACAACAAACACAGCCAACAAUGCAGUCAACAGCACUGCCAAUGCAGCUGCAGCAACACCCACUGCAGUCAGUCCAUCGCCAUUGGCUGCAGCAGCUGCUGCCGCAGUAGCAGCAAGCGCUGCCGCCGCCGCUGCUGCUAACAGCACCAAUCAACAACAACAACAGCAAGACUCAAACAACUCGAAACUGAUCGAUGGUCUCAAUUCGUUCUAUUCCAAUGCAACUGGACCCUACCAGCAGUUGUUGGUGGCCAACUAAGGUGGUUUUUUGUUGGGGUGAGCGCGUGGGAGAGAGAGCGAAUGUAAGGGAGUAACGAAUGUAACAUACACAGCGCCGUAGAGAAAAGAGAAGAAAUUGAAUAUUGAAGCUGUAGAAAGGAAGAAUAGAAUAUUUUUUUAAAUGCUUAUUUUUUAGAAUUAUUGCAAAAGCAAAAAAAGAAAUAUUAAAAUAUAUGUAUGUAAAGAAAACAUUAGCAGAAUGAGGGAAGUUAGGCGAAGGAACAGGCAAGUGAGUAGUGCAAAGCGUAAUUUUUUAAAAGGAAAAUAUGAUAAGCAACUAAACAUACAAAGCAAAUGUAUACAAAUGUAAAACCUGUAAUAAAUACAUGCAAACAAAUACGCAAAACAUUACAUAGCAAGUAAAUACAAAUACUAUUACAUAUAUUACUGCAAUGCUAGAAUAUAUGAAAACGGAAUUCAAGAGAAGGAACCAAUUGCAAAGAGACGUGGAAGCAGCAAUAAAGAUAAAUAAAUAACCUGCGCUUCGCUAACGAAGAACGCCAAUAUGUCCAGAGGCAGUGCCAGAGGAGGGGAGUUUUGUAAUAGAAAUACACGCAGAUGUAUGUGUGACAACAGGAUGGCAAUGGAAAUGCUAAAAUGCGCUGUUUUUAGAAAUAAAUUAGCAAAUUAAAUACAAAGAAAACCUAACCUAAAAAACAAAACAAAAAAAAAAAAAACAAACACUAUCAGAUUAGUAUAAAUUUCAAGUCGUUUUAUUAACUAGUUGUAAUCGAUUAAACAAGAAAAGAAGAAAGAAGAAAAGUGAAAAAGCAGAAGAGCAUGAAAAAAUCGGAGAAACAACUAAGUAUAUAACAAAAGCAAAGAAGAUACGAUAUAAAUAAAGUCUUAUUAUAAUAAGUUUUAAAAUUAGUCAAAAGUGAAAAUCGUUUUGCUGUUUUUUAUACCCACACAUUUUUCUAAUAUUCAAAUGUUGUAUUAUAUAAGAAAAUGAAAAUGUUAAAUGUUUUAUAUAUAUUAUUGUAUAACUACUUAUUACUAUUAUAUUAUAUUAUUAUUGCUAUUACUAUUAUUGUAACUAAACAAAAGCAAAUCUAGUGAAAAAUGUUAAGAAAAUCAACCGCAGUACUUUAGUAAACACUUAAGUAACUACAUACAAACACACACACACACAUAUGUACACUCAAGCACUCACCAAAAGCCACACACGCCUAACACACGCUGGCCACAGACAGGCAAGCGCCAAGCAUGAAAGGCGCGCUGCAUGCGGGAGUAAAGACACCUGGAAGUAUAACAGCUUGGAUUGACGCUGAUUUGUAACCGAGUAACCGAGUAAGAACUUCCACGACAUCAACAACAACAACAACAGCAACAUUAAUAACAAAAUAUGCAACUGUUCGCCGUAUAUCUUCGGGCCGACAAGCGAUCGGUGAGUACGAGUACGAGAAGAAAUUGUGAU